UUAAUCAAAUUUUCUCACACCCAAUCAUCUCUCCCCCUUCCACUGUCGUCAACGUUUUACUUUUUUGUACUGUUCAAUCCCUUUCUAAACUCUUCAAUCGUAGAAAACCCUCGCUCUGUGCAUUGAUUUUACACAUUCCAUUUCUGUUUGGUUUUGAUUCUCGUCAAAGUUCAUUUCACUAUGAUAAUUGUAUAGGGUUUGUUUUUUGAAAGAAAUUUUAGGGUUUCUGUGUUAGAGAGAGAAAUUGGAGUACUGUAGUAGCUUGUGAUUCAAUGGAGGCCGCGGCCGGUGUCGCCGCCUCGCGCGGCGUUUCUCUGCCGAUGGUGUCCUCUCAGCCUUCACGGAAGGAGUGGCGUGCUGUCUCCGAACAUUUGGUUCGAAACUCCGGCAAUGAGGACUUGGAACAUUUGAAGUUGGGGCAAUCGGAUGAGAGAACUAUAUAUGAGGUGCAGCAGGGAAGAGAGCCAGCGGAUGUGGAUUUCUGUUCAGUUAUGAUCGCUGCUGGAGGUUUAGAUAACGAAAUUGUGCAGCAGCGGCUUUGCAGUGUGGCGAGGCAUAGGGAGGAGCUGCAACAGAUGGAGAUUGAGCUUCAAGCUCAGUUCAUUGUGGGAUCGGAGAUCAUGGAGAUGCAGAAUUCCUUUGACGCUCAGAUCAAAGAGCAUGCAAAUGCCAAUAUAAAGCUUCAGGAGCAACUGCAUGAAAAGGAACAUAGAAUACAUGAGUUGGAGAGGAAGAUUGAAGAUAAAGAAAGAGAGCUACGUGCAAUCAAAUUAGACAAUGAGGCGGCAUGGGCUAAGGAAGACCUCCUCAGAGAACAAAACAAAGAAUUGGCAACCUUUCGGAGGGAACGUGAUAACUCUGAAGCCGAAAGAGCCCAACAUCUUAAACAGAUCCAUGAUUUUCAAGAACAUGUUCAAGAAAAAGAAAGGAUAUUCAUGGAGUUGCAGGAACAGAAUAGGGUUUCUCAGGAAGCUAUUCUUAUUAAAGAAGAACAGUUAAGGGAGGCUCAAGCUUGGAUUAGACGUGUUCAAGAGAUGGAUGCCUUGCAGUCUACUACGAAUCACUCGUUACAAGCUGAAUUGCGGGAACGUACUGACCAAUAUAAUCAGCUUUGGCUUGGUUGUCAAAGACAGUUUACCGAAAUGGAGAGGCAUCAUAUGCAUGCAAUACAGCAGCUCCAGAUUGAACUGGCCAACGCAAGAGAAAGGAUUGGAAUCUGCACUGAUGAGUCACAUGUAUCCCAGGAAAAUUUGAAGGAUGUUUCUCAGUUUGGACAGAACAACGGAAGCAGACUGGAUGUGAAUGGAAAUGGCACACCAGAUGGAAGUUCUGGGGUCUUUCAACAUAAGAACACUGAAAAUAUUUCAUCUUUUGUCUCAGCUGGCACUGCAUCAAAUCAGACCAACCAUGUUCCUGGUGUCCCACUUGCUCCUUCGUCCCUACUUGGGAUGCCUACGUACCUUCCACCUGGACAGGUGACUGCUCUGCAUCCGUUUGUUGUGCAUCAGCAGGGGGUCCCCCAUUCUGUGCCAUCAAAUGUUACUCAAUCUCAUGGUGGCCAUUUUCACUCAGUAGUACCAACGGUUUCAUCAAUUGAAAAUUGGCAGAAUCAACAGGCUGUAUCAGAAGGUUUGCAGAUGCUGCCUCACAACCAGUAUCCUCCAUCUGAAACUGAACAGAAUUUGUUGAGGCCAGAUAAUAAUUAUGACUGUGAAGUGUCCCUAAAUGAGAAUGGGCAAGCUCUUCAUCCAAACUAUUUGGAUGUCCAUGUCAGUCAAGGGAUGGAGCCUGAUUCUAUGAUCCCAUCAUCAGCUGAGGAAAGACAGGUUCUUGAGUCGCUGGGUAAAAUCUGUCUAGCAGCCCCCCGAUCAGAACAGAGUUUGCAACAUACUUCUUCUCAGUUUCAUGAUGUUUCAAUAUUAGACGCUCUUGCACAAAGUAGUGAAACCAAGGAGAAGAGCGUUGUUGCUUUGACUAGUCAUGGACUAGAGGGCCAAGGAUUGACUGCAAAACAAGAAAGUUCUGCUUUCAAAUCAUCAUCAUCUGACAGUCCAAAUCAUGCAACGAAUUUCAGUGAAGCCAUAGUUAAUAAUGUCAGUGGUUCAGUUUUCCAUGAAUUGUUUGUCUCAUCGGAGCAGCAUAAUAUGCAUUCAGCGGGAAAGACUUCAGAGGUUACUCUUCUUGAUGAAAGGUCGUUAUUGGCGUGCAUUGUUCGCACAAUCCCACCUGGAUCUGGUGGUAAAAUUAAGAUUAGUUCGACGCUUCCGAAUAGGCUUGCCAAAAUGCUUGCACCUCUACAUUGGCAUGAUUACAAGAAAACGUAUGGAAAGCUUGAGGACUUUGUGGCUGGUCAUCCUGAAUUAUUUGUUAUUACAGGGGAUUAUAUACAUCUUCGAGAAGGCGCACAAGGAAUGAUAGCGGCUACUGCAGCUGUUGCGAAAGUUGCUGCAGCAACUGCAGCGUCAUCUCCUCACUCGUCAUUGUUGCCAUCUGUGGCUGUUACUCCCAUGGCACAAUCUCACCGACUGAAGAGGGCCCCAUCCAUUGAUUCCAACUCCGUGAAGACUGACAAGACCAUUCACAAGGAGUAUGCAGCACACAAACCUACAAGUGUAACUGAUGAUCCUUCACAGCACUUGGUGAUGCAUAAUCAACAUCCUAAUGGUGUUUCGUACAAUGUCGCUGGAGGUAUAUCAAAUAUAAAAAUUUUGAGCAAACCUAAAGAUCCUCUGGAACUGAAUGGACUUGAAACUAGGCCUGGCAUAUUAUCUGGAGUUGUGACAGUUGGAAAUGGAGCAAAUACAGAUAGGAUAGGUUUGGGCGGUUUUCAAAGUAAAGGAUCAACUAAUGGGAGGCCUACCGUGAAUUCGGUCGGGAAACAGCUGGGCAGGACAACUGGGGCUGCAUCGACUUCUAGAAGAUAGGAGUAGUAAGUUCCCUGAAUGCAGGAGGAUUUGAACACUGCUAAGAUUAAUGAAAAGUGAACGUGCACCAUUGUGCUGAUCUAGCAUAUUGGAAAUGAUGAGAUGAUUGCAGGAUAUUUAUCUCAAUUUGGAAUCUCCUGUGAUCUUUUUGCGCAAUAGAAAUCUCUGAUUUAAACCGAUGAUUUAUUUCUUUCCCAUUUUUGUCUUUUCUUGAAGAAAACUGUUCAUUUUCUCUGGUGUUCUACUAUACUCGGAACUGAACAUUGAAGUGUUCAUAGUGAUAUUCGUGUGUGCCAUUGCGUCCGUGCAUCCCCCAAUUAAGUUUUUUUGUUGGUUGGGAUCCAAAUUACCGGAAAAUACAGAUUUCCUCCAUUGGCAGGAUAACACCGAGUAAAGAUGAUUUCUCGAGAUGGCUGAAACUUAUGUUUUCUUGAAUGCAUUUUUAUUUGCUAUUCCGAUAUUUUGACAACAUCCACAUGAGCUGCUUUCAAGUGCUGUUAUGGAGUCUAAAAGUGUUGUAUUCAACUACUUCUACUGAUCUAACAAGCCAACACUGUUGCAGUUUGUUAGCUGAAACUUGUAAUCUUAUAUUUAUUCGACAUGAGACUGUCGGAAGCAAAUCAGUCACUGUAUGAUUUGUUGGUCUGGAUGACCCAUGUCUGGUUUUUCUUGGGGCUGUGUUUGGUUUCUGUUUUAGUUCAUCAUGUUAUUAUACUAAAAGUUUCGAUCUUCUUUA